AUGGCAGGAUCCGAGGAGCAAAAGAAAGCUAACCUGGAAAAAUUCCGGGCUGAAAUGAAAAGGACUAUUGAGGAGGCCAAGACCAAGACUCCUGAAGAACUGCAAGUUGCUUAUAAAGGGAUUCUAUAUCCCAGCCUCCUAUGCAGUGAGGCCACUUUUCAGGCUCUGGAGUCUCUUGAAGCAAGAGAAGAUGAUGUACUGAUUGUGACAUAUCCCAAAUGUGGAACAAACUGGUCAAUAAAGAUACUUCAUCAAAUGCUAUUUGAGCUUCACAACAAAGAACCUACACUAGACCAAGCUAUGCUUGAAUUUGGCAAACCAGAAAAAUAUGAGUAUCUGACGCAACAGCCUUCACCAAGAGUGUUAGCAUCACAUCUUACUUAUGAGAAUAUCCCGAAAUCUUUCAUCGAAAAGAAGACAAAGAUCCUGAUAAUUCUUCGGAACCCUAAAGAUACAGUCGUCUCUUAUUACCACUUCUCAAACAACAAUCCUGUGCUUCCCACAUUCAGCUCUUGGGACUUGUUUUUCAAGGCUUUUUUAAGUGGAGAUGUAAUUUAUGGAUCGUACUUUGAUUAUACUCUGGGCUGGGAAAAGCAUAUUGAUGAUGGGAAUAUACUGGUACUUACAUUUGAAGAUAUGAAAGCGGAUCUCCCUGCAGAACUGAGAAAAAUUUGUGACUUCUAUGGGUUAAAUCUGACUGAUGAGCAAAUCCAGAAAGUUGAAGAAAAAUCUACUUUUAAGUCCAUGAAAGAAAACUCUGGUGAUACACAUGGGAAACUUGGAGAUGUUUUCUUCCGGAAAGGGGAAGUUGGGGACUGGAAGAGUCUUUUUACCGAGGAACAGAGCAAAGAGUUGGAUGCCAAAUUUGAGAAGUAUCUUGCAGGAACAAAACUUGGAGAGAAGAUAAACUAUCCCAAAUAUUGUACAUUUUAAUCAAAGGCAUUAGAUUUUUAUUUUCUUCUCCGAUGACACUUGAAUAGUUUAAUAAAAAUUGGUUUUAUGAAUAAA